GGCUGAUGCGUCACAGGGACAGUCCGCCUGUCAUCGGCUCAGAUAGAUGAAGACUUGGGUUGCAAGUAAUCUUUACGCUAUUACGCAGGGUUCCUUCCUAUCGCGCGAGGUCGUCUGGCUGUGCUAGUUUGUCCACCUCUCUCUACCUACCUCCCCGGCGCAUGCCUAAAUACGGCAUUGCCAUCUUCAUUGCUCAUCCACCAUUCCCCAACUAACCAACUCACCAACUUGACCAUCUACCACCCCUGCGGCCUCGCAUCGAUAUUGCCUCGAGUGUAAUCGCCCAGCUGUUUGAGCUUACACUGUCAUCUGCAAAACUUACCUCUGUUUGCUUUUGACUCCCCUAAAGUCGUACCGACAGCUUUCAGAAGGAAGAACGAUUAGAUUUCCUUUGUUGUCGCCUGCGCAUACGAGAUCGUCUUUCUCCAGGACGAGUCGUCCCAUAUUGCAGGACUUUGUGGCCAGGCUUUGCAGUCGAACGGAUCCGCCAUGGCUGCAGUAGACCUCGGCCGAUAUCGUCGCAUCGUCCAGAUGUUUUGGGAUCCCCAACCUACCAACGACCAUCAGAGUGAUCUUCCAGUUUGGUGCUUGGGUCGCUCCUACAAGCUAAACACCAAGGCUCUCAAAGACAAGGAUACAGAGAAUCGAAGCCAAACCCCUCCGUCGACCGAGUCUACCGAAACCAAGCCCAAAACCUCGCAUGUGUUAGCGACAGCUUCGGCCUCGGCCAAAGCCCCGGAAACCCCCCCGGAUUCUGUGUCUAGUAGCUUUUCGUCUUCGCUUGCUUACGAUGAGGAUUACCUGGAACAGGACGGUGGCUGGCCUUCGGCAUUUCUCGAUGACUUUGAAUCCAAGUUUUGGAUGACGUACCGAUCAGAGUUCCAGGCCAUAGCAAAAUCUACAGAUCCACGAGCCUCGUCUGCGUUAUCUUUCUCAAUGCGUAUCAAAAGUCAACUGGUGGAUCAAAACGGCUUCUCGUCUGACAGUGGCUGGGGAUGCAUGAUCCGGUCAGGCCAAAGCUUACUCGCAAAUGCGAUGGCAGUUAUCAACCUAGGGCGCGGAUGGCGACGAGGUGAUAAAAUUGAAGAGGAGAGAAAGCUGAUUUCUUUAUUUGCGGACGAUCCAAGAGCGCCUUAUUCCAUCCACCAAUUUGUUCAACAUGGCGCAGUGGCAUGUGGGAAAUACCCUGGGGAGUGGUUUGGUCCCUCGGCCACCGCUCGCUGCAUUCAAGCCUUGGCCAAUGCCCAAGAACACCAGCCUCUCCGAGUGUACUCCACUGGAGAUGGACCUGAUGUCUACGAGGAGAACUUCAUGAAGAUUGCCAAACCCGAAGGCUCCCAGUUCCACCCUACGCUCGUAUUGGUUGGUACGAGGCUCGGAAUUGACAAAAUUACCCCGGUCUACUGGGAGGCUCUCAUAGCCGCACUCCAAAUGCCACAGUCAGUGGGCAUAGCAGGUGGCAGACCUUCCUCUUCCCACUACUUCAUCGGUACACAAGGUUCCCACUUGUUCUACCUUGAUCCGCACCAUACUCGACCUGCCCUCCCAUUUCACACGGAUCCUUCUCGCUAUAGUGAAGCAGAUGUUGAUACCACCCAUACUCGACGCCUACGUUGGCUACAUGUUCGGGAGCUGGACCCCAGCAUGCUCAUUGGUUUCUUGAUACAGGAUGAGGACGAUUGGAUCGAGUGGAGGCGUAACGUGAAGCACGUCCAAGGAAAAGCAGUGAUCCAUGUUGCGGACUACGACCCUGUAUCCAGAGGCGGUGGAGGGGAGAGGGAUAGCGCCAUUGAUGAAGUGGAAACGAUUAGUGAUGACGACGGUGACACCAUCUUGGACGCUUGAGAAUCUCCGUCGUUUGCUACGAUCCUUCCGUUAGGAUCAGAGACCGAAAUCUAUGGGCGUUGAAAACGCACCAAUGCACAUGGCCUGAUACAGGUUUUCUUCGCCUGGAGCUGCUGGGUUAGGGAUAGGCUAUAGGCCAUAUUCAGGGACAGUCGCAUUAUUGGCGCAAAGGAUGCUCACUUUGAUGACGAGGCUGGGUAACACAGAUUGGUUUGGUAUGAACAUUGAU